UCAUAUGACAGCUGCUCUGGAAUAGACGCACUUGUUGAAUCAGGUCCUAUUUACCCGGGGGUAACAGCUUGUGUGCCAAGUCGUCUGAAAUCUUUGACGGCUCCCUCGUGAAUGAAAACACACGAAAGAACGCACUGGGCUUGAUCGAUUUUAUAACCUCACAUCACCGCGAGCUGCAUUGCCAGGACCAAGUGUUUUGAUGUCUGCACAGCGAUUGUCUCUCUGGCCAUGUGUGCGUACUGCCCUGAGCUGCGGGGUUCUCUUGCUGGCUGCUCUGCCAGACUUCACCACAGGCAAGAAUUGCUCCCACCCGAUUGUAGAAGAACAUGGAGGUUUCCGCUGUGAACCCUCUCCCUGUCACGGUUUCCCUCACAAGACCACCAUUCACUUUUUCUGCGAGCCUGGCUACAUUCUACCCAAAGGCCACCAUAGGUCAAAGUGUGAGCAUGGGAAAUGGCAUCGCAAAGCGCCUGUCUGCGUGCACCGUCCAGAGGGUAAACCCGAACAACCAGAAAAAAAAGUCAACUCUGUCCAAAGUGUGGCUACGACUGCUAUUGGAGUGUCCAUCUUCCUUCUCACCACAACGGCCUGUUUGGUCAUCAAAUCCCGUCUAUUCUCCUGUCGAACGCAAUGGCAUUCUUCGGAUCAGUUGGACCUUGUUGUCGAUGGCUUACCUGUAUCUCUUCCCACAUACGAGGAGGCAAUCUAUGACAGUUGGGGCCAGCGACUCCCGUCGUUCUGUGGACCUGCUCAGCUCCUGCUGACCCAGGACGCAUCCGAACACAGUCCACUGACUUCGCUCAUUCACCCCGAUUCCAAUCGUUGCAAUGACACAGCCAAUCAAAGCACAGAUACUCCACCGCCUCCUUACGAAGAGGUCCAAUCACGAUCCAGAGACACUGAGAACGACAGGGACGAACAGGCUUUGCAAAGCGCACUUUCUGUUGAUAAAAACAACUAAUUACUGGACUUUGAUGAACUCACCCUUAGCCUUUUGAUUAUUCAUGUCCUUGCACAGGAGUCCUUGUGACUUUUCCUUCUGCCUUUGCUUCUGGAUUCAUCCUUUCUUUGGCUUAAAAUAUCAGUGAAAAACUGGUGUAGAUGUUUCGCAAUGACCUUAUUGGUCAGAUAUGUUUGGUUUUCCUAGGUAACGUGCUGCAAUAUUGAUUAUGUUAAAUGUUUUCAAUGACCAGCUGGAGAUGUGGCUACCCUCCGUGAGGGGAAACGAGGUCUUUUAAGGGGACUUUUUUGAUUGAUGAAUGUUGUUUAUUUAAUGAUACAGCCAUUUCUGUAAGAAUGAGGUGCUGUGGAGUUGCAUUUUUCAGGGUUAUGACUCAAGAUAAUAAAGUUUCUCAGAGAAUUUAGAUUGAUUGAAUGUAAGGCGAAGAUUGAGAUUGUGCCUGUUGACUGAUGGAUGUAGUAUAUAUGAUUUUAUUGUUAAAUAUUGCAUUAACAUAUAGAAUAGGGAAACAGACUUGAAGUGUGCUCGCUGAACGGACAUUGAAUGUUUCGUUUUUUUGGCAUUUUAUGAUAUGUAAAAUUUACAUCCUGUACAUAAUUCUGCAGAAUUAGUGUGUGUGUGUGUAAAAGUAAUAAUAAUAAUACACUUUUAAAACUUUAUGAACUGAAUGUUUGCUAUUAAAAAUGAUUUGAAAUCUU